AUGAUCGAGACCGAAAUUGAGGUCAUCCGGGGACUUUCAAGCGUUACUCUCAUGCAUAAAGACUUUGAAAACUCCAGUCAACCCUUCUUUUCUGGCGAAGAAAGGAUUGAGGCAAAUGGCAGCGAAUACAAGAAGAGAAAACAAAGCACUACAAGCAUUACUGUUAUGUCCACGGUAAGGCAGUAUAUAACGCUCCCGAGAGCGUACGAUCUCUCUCCCAAAGCGACCGCCUAUCCGCUGAAAACCAUCUCCAAUGGCAGCAGCAACGCGCAAAAGCCGCAAUUUAAGGUCGUGCUCACUAGCCGCAAACCCUCGCCAUCGCCAAAGUCAAAAGUCGCGCCGUGCACUAUCCCUUCCUCCGAGCAGUUCGCAUCGGAGCUCCUUCAAAAGAUCGCUAAGAACCCGAAAACAGUCAACAUCCAGGAAUGUACAGAGCAGCUGAUCGUGAGCAACAUUACCAAGAAGUUUCGAUCGCGAGCGCGUUUCCACAGAGUCCAGUCGUCCAAAUCGAGCACGACGAUGGCCCCGGAAGUCUACGCAAAGAUGGAUAAUAACGAGGUGGUGGAGAAAUGCAAGGAAUUCGAGACGAUCAUUCAAAGACAGAAGGCAGAAAUUGACGAUUUGCGGUCGCGAUUGUUCGAGCGAAAGAAGCUGGAGGAAAUAUGGAAGGAGACGCUGACCACGAUGCUCGCCGAGUACAGGACUAGAUGCGAGAAUCACCAGACUAGUACAGAGACCUUAGAAGAAAAGCUAAACGUCACUGCUGCGAAAUUGAAGAUCAUCACGGCCACUUCUCCAUCUUCCGACUCACUUUCUUCUAGCCUCAUUUCUCCAAAAGGAAAAUUCGCAAAGACCCUUCAGCGCCUUGCCGGUAACGCUUCAGAAUCGUCGCUCCCGCUGCGCAAGCUGAAGAUCAAGUCGAGGACGGGAGCGACGGAAGGAGAGCCCUGCGCCAAACGAGGGCGCAUCUCUCUUUCUGACAGCCAGAAGAUGCGAACGUACUCGAGCGAGGAUGGAAGCGAAACGAGCGAGAACAGCGAGUGCAGAAUGAGCCCAGAUUCAGGAUGGAACUCGGGCGACUCUUCCGAUGCUUCGAUGAACUCUCCUCCCGUAUCGAGCUCGAUCGACGAUUUCGAAUUGGACUCUGGAUCAAUCUUCACGGACGUCGACCGGUUCGUGGACAUCUUCUCCGAAAUCCGCGAUCUCGAGCCAACGUCGAUUUUCUCUUCGGACAUUUCUGACAUCUCCUCGCCGUGGGAAGCCUCCCUCGCAAGUAUGUCGAACAGCGAUCUUCUUCACGGCUCGUUCUGA